CUGCAAAUGAACCUUUUCAAAUGAAGCGAUCGAUCGUGCACGACUCGGAGCCCGUCGACAAGAAGCAACGCAUCUCGUGCGAUACUACUCCACUCGACCACGAGGCUACCCGCUCCUUCACCCGCAAUGGGUUCGUGCUGCUGCGUGGAGCUUUCGCGACGUCCACCGCUGAAAAGUGUCGUGACUUGAUUUGGAAGCGCCUGGCGCAGGAUGGGAUCACCAAGGACUCGUCUACUUGGGUGGAGAGGCAUGGUAUACCAGAGCUGUUCACGGCGGAAGACGAUCCCGUGUGGGGUGAAGUGGUGACUCCGCGUCUACAGCGCGCCAUGGACCAACUCUGCGGCAAGGAUCGAUGGGAGGGCUUCGGUCUUGGGUGGUGGAUGAUCACGUUCCCAGACCAGGCUGAGCCGCCGUGGGGUGCUGCUGGCAAGUGGCACGUGGACGGCGCGUCGUACCAGCACCACGUGGACAGCAAGGAGUCUGGACUGUUGGUGAUCUUCCUCUUCUCGGAUAUCGGGCCUGGUGAAGGGGGCACAGCGUUGUCCGUGGGCUCGCACAAGUGGAUUGCGAGGCUGUUGGAAAAGAAUGAGCCAAGUGGGAUGAAAGGUGGCGCUGUGAGCUACCAAGCCAGGCAGUUCCGACGCCCGGAGGUUGUGGAAGUGAACGGCAAGGCAGGCGACGUUAUGCUGGUGCAUCCGUUCUUGCUGCAUGCUCGCAGUAAGAAUCUUGGACGGAAGGGGGUGGACUCGGUGCGCAUCAUGUGCAACCCGAACGUGCGGCUGCGUCGAAAGAUGAAGUUAAAGCGACCGGACGGGGACUACAGUCCUGUAGAACAGGCGAUUGUCGACGCCCUGGUGCCAGAUUCAGAACACGAAUAA